UGACAAUCUUUCCCGCAAUCACCACCCAGAGGAUUGAGUUGAUCCGACCGAUCCUUCCCAUCAUAUGCGCCACUUCAGAUUAAACCUCCAAACAAUCUCACCACUCACUCGACGCAUAUUUACCUCGACCUCCUCCCCCUCCACCACCUUCGCCAAACCCUACCACAUCGACGCCGCCACCACCGCCGCCGCCAUGGCCCCCAGCAAAAAAGACAAAGCGAAGAAAGAGCUCGUCAAAACUGCCAAAGGCACACGAGACUGGUACGGCGAAGACGUCGACCUGCUUCGCGACAUCACCAGCCAAAUCACAGGAGUAUUUCGAAAAUACAAAGGUCAAGAACUCCGCACUCCGGUCUUCGAACGAGAAGAAGUGCUGAAAGGCAAAUACGGCGAAGACUCUAAACUGAUCUACGAUCUCAAAGACCAAGGCGGAGAGCUCCUCUCGUUACGAUAUGACCUGACAGUUCCGUUUGCUCGCUGGUUGGCUCUUAACCCCGACGUAUCGGAAUUCAAGAGAUAUGCUAUCGAUAAAGUCUACAGACGAGAUCAACCGGCUGUGGCGAAAGGUCGGAUGAGGGAGUUUUAUCAAUGUGAUAUUGAUUUUGCGGGGCCUUGUGAUCCCAUGAUCUUUGAUGCUGAGAUUAUUUCGGUCAUUGUGGAGGUUUUUGAGGCGUUGGAGUGGAAUGGUAGGUAUACUAUCAAGAUCAAUGAUCGGAGGAUAUUGGAUGGAUUGUUUGAAGUGUGUGGUGUGCCAGAGGAUAAGAUUAGGCAGAUUUCAAGUGCGGUGGAUAAAUUGGAUAAGAUGCCGUGGGAGGAAGUUAAGAAGGAGAUGGUGGAGACGAAGGGUUUGGAUGAGGCGGUGGCGGAUAAGAUUGGAACGUAUGUCACGAAGAAGGGGGGCAGGGAUCUGUUGGAGGAGUUGAAGAAGGAUGAGGUUCUUCAGGCGAAUGAGAAGGUUAAGAAGGGGACGGAAGAGAUGGAGAAGUUGAUGAAAUAUCUCGCCGUGGAGGAAUCGCUGGAUAAGGUCUCAUUUGACCUGUCUUUGGCUCGUGGCCUGGAUUAUUACACUGGUCUGAUCUACGAAGUGGUGACAGAAGGCUCGGCACCGGCCACGGUCAGUGGAUCAGAAGAUUCCAAGCCAAAAUCGAGCAAACCAAAGAAACAGCUGGGCGAGGACGACGACCGAUCAGACGAUCCUUCCGUGGGAGUUGGCUCAGUGGCUGCAGGUGGACGGUACGAUAACUUGGUGGAAAGAUUCCUGCCUGGAGCCAACAUGCCGUGCGUUGGAGUCAGUUUUGGCGUCGACCGCAUCUUCAGCAUCACGAAAGCCCGCAUCGCCAAGGGCGAGAAGUUCAGCUACAUUACAUCCAGCGCAACAGACGUGUACGUCAUGGCAUUUGGCGGCAAGGAAUUCAGCGGCAUGAUUGAAGAGCGCAUGCAUAUCAGAAGAUUACUGCGUCGAGCAGGCUACAUUGCCGAGUUGGCACCAAAGGAGAAACCGAAGCCGCAAGUCCAGUUCAAGCGUGGUGAGAAGGCUGGUGCCCCCUUUGCGGUGAUUCUUGGUGAGGAAGAGCAGGCGCGAGGUGAAGUCCGCUUGAAGCAGAUGGGCUUGCCAGAAGGUCACCCUGAGAAGGAUGGUGUCCUGGUCAAGGUCGAGAAUCUGGUUGGCGAGGUCAAGACACGCAUUGACCAGAGAAACAAUGAGGCAAAGACCAGUCAGCUGAGUGUAUAAGCCGAGAAGAGGAACCCGGCUGCAUUUUGUGCAUUCUGGCUGAUGAAGAAAGCUCCGAGUUGUGCUCUAUUCGACGUGUGUGUACACUAGAGUAUGAGAAGCAAGUAGACCGUUGUGUUGUGCUUCUUAGAGAUACCCGCAUCAAACCAUGAACCAUGCGUGCAUGUGUAUCUGAUGUCAAU